AUGCCUUCCGGCACGAACUCGGAGGCGCACCGCCCAGCGAUGGAGGAGGAGACCUGCCCGGUGCAGGUCUCCUUGGUGGCGGUGGCGGUGGCGGUGGCGGUGCUGGAGGAUUGGGGCUUGCUUGGUGGCGGUGGAGGUGGCGCACAUGCCGGAGGCCCGAUAAACGGUGCUGCUGGAGGCCUACCCGUGGCUGCUGGAGGGACACUCCCCGGUGGUGCUGUGGGAGGAUUGCUCGGGGCCGGAGGCCUGCUCGGUGUCCUUGGAGGAGGAGGCCUGCUCGGUGUCCUUGGGGAAGGAGGGCUGCUCAGCACGGUCCAGGGGCUCACAGGGUUGAGGAUUGUGGAGCUAACACUCCCCAAAGUGUCCGUGCGGCUCCUGCCCGGGGUUGGACUCCGCCUGGACUUGUACACCCGCGUGGCGCUCAACGGGAAGAGCCUCCUGGGCUUGCUGGACAUCGCGGUGGAAGUGAACAUCACGUCGGACGUCAGGCUGACCAUGGACGGGACCGGUUACCCCAGGCUGGUGCUUGAAAACUGUGACACCCUUCUGGACGGCAUCAAAAUCAGGGUCCUUCGAGGCCUGCUCCCGAUUGUGGAUAAUUUAUUGGCGCGGGUCCUUAACCGACUGCUUCCCGAGCUGCUCUGCCCAGUGGUCGAGGUUGCCCUGGGCCUUGUGAAUGACCAGCUGGGCCUCGUGAACUCGCUGGUGCCCCUGGGCGUGCUGGGAAGUCUCCAGUACGCGGUGUCAAGCCUCCCGCUAGUAACUGGCCAGCUGCUGGAAGUAGAUUUGAAUACUAUAGUUCAGGGGGUAGGAGGAGGCCUUGUUGACUACCCACUGGGCAAAGCAGAAGAUGUCUCCAUGCCACCGAGGGUACCGAUGCCACCAAUGCCCCAGAUGGCACAGACUGCCUCCUCCCAGCUCGGACUCUCUAUCAACUUCCUUGAGUCCUUAAUCUCUCUCCUGCAGAAGGAAGGGGCUUUUACUAUAGACAUCUCUGACGGACUGUUUCCUGAGCUUCCUCCGCUGAGAACAGCCACCUUAGGAGCCCUGGUUCCCGCGGUUCGCCAGAGGUUCCCUGAGUCGCUCCCAUUGCUGCUGAAAGUUGCAAUCUCUGAAACUCCCAGGGUGACCCUGAAAAGAGAUAAAGGCUUGAUCCAGCUCACGGCAACAGUGGAGGUGUUAGUCUCCCAGCCUGAUGGCGCCCACCAGUCCCUCUGUGUUCUGAACGUUGAUGCUGCCUUGUUAGCCCAGUUUUCUGUGGAAAACAACAAACUGAAGAUCAGUGUCCGUCUUGACAAGGCGGAUCUCUCCUUGGCUUCUUCCUCCAUUGGCAAUUUCGAUGUCUCACUUUGGAAGCCACUGGUUGGCAAGAUUUUUGACGUUGCCUUCCUGCCAGCAAUAAACAGUGUGCUAGGAGCAGGCAUCCCUCUCCCCAGACUGCUGAAUGCCGACUUGAGUAAUGCUGACAUCGAGGUCAUUGAAGAUCUUAUCGUGUUAUCCGCAUGAGUCCAUGAAGUCAGCUUGACUUUAUACCGCUCCCACCUGAAAACCGGACUCCGGCUUGACUGCAGCAGCCCAAACAAUGUUACUCUUCCUAUCUGGAAUAUUGAAACAAGACAGUGGCCCUUUCCAAAACCAAGCGCUGCCAGUUGCUACUUUGACUAACGCCUAGACUUAGAGGAAUCAAAAUGUACCUGGUUUGCUUCAGAUAGCUCACAUGUGGAAUAUUAAUAGUCUUUGCUGUGGCUUGAUCUUUUGAGGGGGAGUUUGGACGCUGGCUGUGUAUGUUGUAAUUGUCGCGUGACUGUUUUAUUAAAAGAUUCAGGUUUCUCUGCAA